GACUGUCCUUCCUGUUCAAAAGAUGAGCCUCUGUCCUGUUUCCCAUUCGCUCUCAAGAUGGUCUUCAACUAUGGCAUCACUUUCAACCUGUUCACCUAUUAUUAUCAGUUCUCGGCUUCUACUUAAAAUUUAAAACUUGCAAAAAACUUCUCGAGUUCGAAAAAGUCAAAUCAAGUCUAGAAAAUGCAUUCAGGAAAACCUCCAAAUACUUUCAGGACUUUGAAAUUGCUUGAAAACCUCCUACUAUUCAAUGCUCUCUUCACAUAAACUUCAAGCUACUUUAAGGUCCAAACGAUCUCGAUAGCCUAAGCAGGCUCUUGACUCUGAGUUUGUUAAAGAUGAAGGACGACAGCUCAGGAAGCAUCGACGGCGGGUUCGAUCAUUCGGCCUCGAGGCCGUACGCCAAAGUGACCUACUCGCACCUUUUGCCAUCACACGAUCACAUCAAGCCACGCUUCACGUCAAGCAUAUCCCCGAGGAUGAACAUCGGUCGGAUGUUCUCUCCUGCGUCGGUCCUGAGCAAGCUGAACAUCUUCAAUGACGACACUAACAAGGAAGAAACGCCAUACCACAAACGGACGAUCCAGAGCGUCCAGUCGACCGCUAACGACAGCGCUUCAGAUUUCAACCUGCACAACAAGAAGGAGAUCAUCGCCAUCUGCUACGACUGGGAUGAAAAGCUCGCAGAUUUGGGCUACGGGCAGGAUGUCGUGUCUGAAGGUGACACGACGGUCACAGGGGAAGACGUCUAUCGUUCCACUAGGCAUUCGACCAUCAAGGGCUAUUCUUCUGACAAGCUGACCGUCGAAAAGUCUCUCCAGGACGGAGACGGCGAUAGGUCCAUUUCGACCAGGCGAUCGACACCGUCCAGCUUCCGCCAGUCGUCUAAAGGGUCGACGCGCGCUGUCUCUUUCGGGAGCGUAGCCUCUGCCAAACUAUUCUUCAAGGAUGAUAGAAAAUCGAUCGAUAUGAGCUUCAACCUGAGCGACGGCGAAAUGACCGACAUGAUGAGACGCGCGACCCAGUACAACUUGAAGACAUCGAUGAACAUGCUCGACCACAUACUCGUGACGAAAGGGUUCGACCUGAACCAGUUCAGGGCUCUCGGAUGGGAGAAGGUGAAGGAAGGGAGGACGAGCACGGUACGCCUGACGAGAGAGAUGGGACGCACGGAACUCGAAAACCUGCUCCACCUGCGGGAGGUGACACUCGUGAUAUCCUGCAAGAACGGCGAGCUACGCCUUGUUGGAUCCGACCUCCAACAAAGAAUAGGGAGGAGAGUGAUAAACAGCGACCUGCCUAAGAUUUGCCAUUACUUGAUGGAUCACCCAGAAAUCAAAUAUCUCAAUUUGGCCUACAACCAGAUCACAUCCGAAGGCCUACACUUUUUGACAAGCUUCUUGAGCAUAAACAGCUCCAUUGUAGGCCUGAACCUUAUGUGCAACAACAUAACCGAGAUACUGUCCAGCGACGUCAUCGAUACAGCGGCCAAUACGACGUUGAAGUCACUGAGGCUCAAUGGCAACUUCCUAGGGCGCAAGUCCGGCGAGUACUUGUCGUUCCUGAUCAUGUUCAAAAACCUCGACCACCUGGACAUCUCCCAGACCGACCAGACGGUCCUCACCCUCCCCUGGAUGAUACAGGCGAUAUUCCAGUCGAGAUCGUUGAGGAGGCUGGACGCGUCGCGUCUCCUCGGUCAACCGGGUUACGGCGAGCAUACCAAACACGUGGCGACCCUCUUCGGGGACCUGCUCCGGAUCAACUCCAACAUAGUCGAGCUGCACAUCGAGAAAAAUGGUCUGGGCGACCACGACAUGGUCCAGCUCUUCUCCGGGUUUUGGAAGAACUGCACGCUCCAGUUGUUGGACCUGUCAUGCAACAGGAUCGGAGACUAUGGCGCUGAGAUCAUAGCGAUGAACCUCGAACACGGAGCGCCUCUGAAGGUGCUCAUGCUCUCGCACAACCACAUCGGCGACUCGGGUGCAAGAGCGCUCUCCUUCAAGCUGCCCGGCUCCCAGGUCAAACUGCUCGACCUGUCUCACAACAGGAUUGGGGACGACGGCGUCGCCGACAUCAUAUACACGGUCCGCAAGCCAUAUCCGCUCCUCGCCCUGUUCAUAUUCGGCAACAAGAUCAGCGAAGCCACCUCCAGGGUCAUCCUGAAACAGCUCGACGCGGGCAACCUCAUGGCCAAAUCCCUCGACGUCAAGGUCGCCUGCAUCGGCAACGAGGUUCACUGCUCGCACAAUCAAUCGGCGGACCGGUACCGACUUAGUUACUACAAUGUGCCUAGGUACGGGGUGACACAGCCGUACAGGAUGAGGCGGGAGCUCCAAGAAGGAUGCGGUACCAAACACUGCUUGAACUACAUGUACCACAACGUCGUCAGCUUGCAUCCGCCUCUCCAGAGGAUAAUCCCAGGGCGGGACCUGGAACCGUGUUCGAAAAUAAAGGGAACCUGUAUUAUCUAAACAAAAACAAACUCUUUUUACUUUAAACGCCUGACCUUAAAUAAAAACGACACCAAAGAAAA